UUGUCGGUGUACGAGUCCGGGUUUAAUCCAACUCUAAUGUGGUCGUGGAGUGUAAAUUCUGUUUGGCGUUGUUUUCCAAUAUCGGCUGAAAGCUGAUGUGUAAGGUCUGCAUGAGCUUCACCCCUGUCAGCUGAAAACGGCGAAGCUGCUCCAGGCAGGAAGGGAGAUGUCCGCUCCGUGGCAGCAGCCUCUGGCUCCUUUCUCCACAGAAGUCCACAUCGACUCCAGCUCACGGAGGAGGAAGGCCCGGCUAAGCUCGCAGAACUGGAUGAAGCAGGAAGACGACGCCGAGGUCAUCCAGUGGCAGACCAUGACCUCGGGAGUGGGCAGUGACUCGGAGCAGGACAACACGCCGAGCAGCGCCGUCUCCACUGUGACUCCAAUGGAGGGCUUGCCCCCAAGUGUGAUGCUGACCAUCACCAAGCUGCAGUGUCUGCUGGAGAGCAAACAGGAGAAGAUAGAGUCUCUAGAGCGGCAGGUGGAAGACCUGCAGCAGGACCGCAAGUUCCUCCGUCAGCAGAUCGAGAACCUGACCAGCUCGCGCUCCACCUCUGCUACUGAAGCAGGCAAGUCCAUAUACUCUGAGCCCAAAGCCCAUAAGAGGCAGAGGACGGCGUCCUCCAGCUCCAGCCUCGGCAACGAGAGCGGAUCAGAUGGGUCGUUCUCUUCUGCGUCGUCAGCAGCCUCUGAGAAGAGGAGACGCCACAAAGAGAAGAAGAGAGGGAAAAAAGGCAAAGACUACGGCAGGAAGAGAGCAACGGGAGUUCAGUACGUCAUCCACCGCUACAAGCAGGUCCUCUCGGCCUUCAACAAAAAGAAGAGCAUGAGUGGCGCUUUCCGCCAUCACGGCAUUGACCGGAACACCAUCGCCAACACGGCCCCCAUAGCUGAGCUCCACCUGGCCGCUAAAGAGGCCGUCCCGCUGGUGGGUCCGUUCCGUCCGCGAGAGGAGACACUAGUGAACUAUGCUCAGCGCUGUGCUCUGGCCAUCGAGACGGACGAGGAGCUGUCCAGGAAGAUCGAGCAGAUGAAAGCCAAUGGAGAGCUGCUGCCCAUCUCAGCUAAAAGAGCCAGGGUGCACACAAUGCUUGGCCAGUAGAGGGCACUGUAAGACUGUGAAUCAGUAUUUCUCAGCCCUAGUGCUGGUGUGCCCCCCGUUCAUGCUCUUCCACAUCUUUAACCAGUCUGUUAAUUACGAGGUUUCUGCAGGUCCUUUUUAAAAAGUUUGAAUUGAAUUGAUUGAAUUUGAAAA